AUGGCCCAGCCCGGCCCCGCCGGGCAGCUCCGGGCCGAGGCCUCCUGCUCGCUGUGCCUCGGCCUCUUCCAGGAGCCCGUGUCCAUCCACUGCGGCCACAACUUCUGCCGCUCGUGCAUCGAGCGCUGCUGGCAGAGCUGCCGGGACUCCUUCGCCUGCCCGCGCUGCCGGGAGACGGCCCCGGAGCGCAGCCUGAGACCCAACCGAGAGCUGGCCAAGAUCAUCCGCAUCGCUCAGCGCCUCAGCCUGAGGGGGCUGCCCGGGGCAGGGGAGCGGCUCUGCCACAGGCACGGCGAGGCUCUGAAGCUCUUCUGCGAGGAGGAGCAGAGCCCCCUGUGCCGCGUGUGCCGCGAGUCCCAGGAUCACCGGCUCCACGCUGCCGUCCCCAUCGAGGAAGCGGCGCAGGAGCACAAGGAGAAACUCCAGGCUCACGCGCAGAUCCUCAAGGACAGGAGAGAAAAGAUGCUGGGGCUGAAAGCGGCAGAGGAAGAAAAAAGCUUGGACUUGCUCGAGCGGGUGGAUGCGGAGCGGCAGAGGGUCCGGGCCCAGGUCAAGGAGUUGCACCAGCUCCUGGAGGAGCAGGAGCGGCUCCUCCUGGGCCGGCUGGCAAAGCUGGACCGGGAGAUCGUGCGGAGGCAGGAGGAGAACAUCAGCAGACUCUCAGAGCAGAUCUCCUCCGUGGGCCAGCAGAUCCAGGAGCUGGAGGACAAGUGCCAGCAGCCGCCCUGGGAACUCCUUCAGGACAGCAGAGACAUCCUGAGCAGGCUGGAGAAGCAGAGUGCCCUGGAGCCAGUGGAGACUUCACCAGAGCUGGCAGAGGAACCCACAGGGUUGCCCCAGAAAAAUGUCACCCUCAAAGAGAUGCUGAAGAAGUUCCAAGUCAGCCUGACGCUGGAUCCGGACACAGCCCAUCCCCGGCUUGCCCUGUCCGAGGAUGGGAAGUGCGUCUGGUGGGAAGACACCCGGAGGGCCGUCCCCGACCACCCCAAACGCUUCGACUCCUCUCGCUGCGUCCUGGGCCGGGAGGGACUCGGCUCUGGCCGGCACUACUGGGAGGUGCAGGUGGGCAACGGGGCCGCCUGGGCCGUCGGUGUGGCCAAGGAAUCCGUGCGCAGGAAGGGCCGGAUCAGCGUCAAGCCCGAGGUGGGGAUCUGGGCUGUGGGGCAGUGUGGGAGCCAGUGCCAGGCUCUCACAUCCCCCACCGUCCCCAUCUCCCUGCCUGAAGCCCCUGAUGUGGUCGGGGUCUACCUGGACUACGAGGCCGGGCGAGUGGCAUUCUUUGAUUCCCAGAGGGAGAUCCUGAUGUUCACAUAUCCUCCGAUGUCCUUUGGUGGGGAGCAGGUCCUGCCCCUGCUCUGCCUGGGCAGGGGGUGCCAGUUCACGCUGUCCCCGUGAUCGCCCCUGUGGUGGGUCCCUCACCUGGGGGGGUUUCGGGGCAGAAACUUCCGCUUUCUCCAUCAUUUCUGACAAUGAGAAGUCACAGCUGUUUCAGAGAAAUGUUGAUUUGAGGGCUGGGAGAGACUUUCUGUGCCAGGGCUGUGAUGAGGGGGAGGAUGAGAGGGGAAAAGGAUGGAAAAUAAAGGGAAAUUGGACAAGGAAUGGGGAGAAUUGGUGUGAUCAGAACAAUCUGCUGGCACCUGAGCCAUUUCCUGGGACCUGGACAUCCGGAAGCCUGGAUAUCUUGGGUCCAUCAGCAUCAUCUCCUGGAUCCACCAGAGGAUUCCUGGGGUCUGUCAGGGUCAGAUCCUGGGGCCCAUGGGGGUCAGAUCUUGGGGUCCCAUCGGGGUCAGAUCCUGAGGUCCAUUGGGAUCAUGUCCUGGAGUCUAGGGGGGUCAUGUGCUGGGAUAUAUCAGGAUCACAUCGUGGGACGCAUCGGGAUCAAGUCCUGGAAGCGCUUGGGCCACACCCCAAAAUCCAGGAUCAGAGCCUGGGUGCCAUCGAGCUCAUCCCUUCCCAAUGCAGCCGCCCAGCGCGCCCUACCCGUGGCUCCCUGGUGGUCUAGUGGUUAGGAUUCGGCGCUCUCACCGCCGCGGCCCGGGUUCGAUUCCCGGUCAGGGAAUAAUCUUUUCUCA